CUGCCCUCGCGGAGCCGGGCUAACGGCUGCUCUCUCUGCCGCGCAGGUGCCGAGCCCCGAUGGAGCCCGCCAGGCGCCGCAGGGCCAAGAGCGCGUGGGACAGCUGGUCAGGCGGCUCCCCAGCCAAGUACCGCAAAUGCUCCGAGGAAGGGCCGCCAUGUCCGUCCUCCCGCCCCGGCACCGCCACCGGCUGCCCCGCGCACUCGGCAGAGGCCAGGAGCGCUGGGGAGCCCGCGCCGUGCGGGCGGGUGCGGACUUGGCUUUCCCCACAGCCCGUUUGCCAAGGGCUUUUUGCCGGCGAGACAUCCGCGGCCGCGCUCUCGGCACGAGGCUCCUCCCCAGAUGCCGCAGAUGGGAGCAGCGGCAGCCUGGAAGAGAGGGGUAGGGGCUCUUCCCUUCCCAGGAGAACCCUGCUGAGGAAACAUCCUGGCUGGGACACUUCCAAGGCAGACAUGGUCUCCAUGCCCCGGAAAUCCUUGAACCGGGAGCUUUAUAAAUCCAAGGGUGGCACAAGCUGUAACCUCACACCAAGGACUGAAGGUAAAGGUGUCCCAGAAGAACAGGCUGGGGAUCAUAGGAAGAAGAGAAUGAAGGAUCAGGGAUCCACAGUAAUAUACCUUAAAGCUCUCCAGGAUGCAUUUGGGAAAUCAUUAGGGAAAAAGGUCAGAAAGGAGGCAUCUACAUCAAAUGGAGAUCAAGAUCAAAGCCCUUGUCGUAGUAAAGAGCCUUGCAAAUCAGAUGGCAACUCAAGAAGUAUCUGUGCAGUUUCAGGGCGUGAAGAAGAUGAGCGACCUCAGCUAGAUUCAGAUAGAAAGAAAACUUCAGUAGAUGAAAACAAUGCUUGUGCUAGUUCAGUUAGCACUGGACAGAGUAAUCCCAAAGAACAGUAUGUGGAUUGCCAAAGGCCAGAUAUUGCAGGACCCUCGCCAAAGCUUGUAUUUGUGGAUGAACACAAUUCAAGUUCAGAAGAAGAUUAUGAGUUCCAAGAGCGAGAUAUGCUGGAAAAGGAUCCCUCCGUGGGAAGUGAUUGGUCUGAUGUGGAUGAUGUAGAAUCUUUAGCUAGGUUCUCCCAGGAGGAUUCAGUUCCACAUCACAAUAGGUCAGUUAUUUUGGAGACUUCACCAGUUAUAACUGAUUACGUAAUGUACCCUGCUCAUCUCUACAAUCGCCCAUGGGGUGACUUUGCAAAGUGCUGGACAAGUAGUCCAAAACCAUCUAAUCGUUCAUUUUCAAACCCCAGUGAGGAUACUACUUAUUUAGGUGGCUCAAGUAGCAGUCAUCUUUGUGAUAUUUCUGUAGAAUUUGCAGCAUGCACUCCUUCCAAUACAUCAAAAGAUCUAGAGUCUGGAAUUGAGGUUGGACACUGGAGAUCACAUUCCUUUGAGUCUUCCUUGGUCUCUGAGGAGAAAAGCAAAAUGUCUAGCAAGGAAGCAGAAUCAUUUGCUCCCAUUAUCUCUAGAGCACGGAUGUCUGAUUCUUUUACUUCUGAAUAUGUAAACCAGGAAGCAACUAUUGAACUCCCCAAACAUUUACAGGAGGGUUUCAUUGAUACUCACUGCCACCUGGACAUGCUAUAUUCCAAGAUGUCUUUCAGGGGUACAUUUGCAAAGUUUAGAAAAGUUUACAAUAGCUCCUUUCCGAAAGAAUUUCAAGGCUGUAUAGCUGACUUCUGUGAUCCUCGGACCUUAAAGGACUUCUUGUGGGAGGAUUUGUUAAAAGAAGAAAUGGUUUGGGGAGCAUUUGGCUGUCAUCCACAUUUUGCACGUUACUACACAGACCUCCAUGAAAGAGAUCUCUUACAGGCACUGAGGCACCCGAAAGCUGUUGCAUUUGGAGAGAUGGGUCUAGAUUACUCUUAUAAAUGCUCUACUGAUAUCUCCAAGCAACACAAGGUAUUUGAAAAGCAACUGCAACUAGCUGUGUCCUUAAGGAAACCAUUGGUAAUACACUGCAGAGAGGCUGAUGAUGAUCUGCUAGGGAUCAUGAAAAAGUUUGUGCCUAAAGACUACAAGAUACACAGGCAUUGCUUUACUGGUAGUUACGAUGUCAUAGAGCCAUUGCUGGAGCAUUUCCCAAACCUUUCUGUGGGAUUCACUGCACUGCUGACUUACUCAUCUGCCUUUGAAGCCAGAGAGACGAUAAGGAAAAUUCCUUUGAACAGAAUAAUUGUAGAAACGGAUGCUCCCUAUUUCCUCCCUAGACAGGUUCCUAAAAGCAUAUGCCAGUACUCUCACCCAGGAUUAGCCCUGUACACAGUGAGAGAGAUUGCCCGUCUGAAGGACCUGCCACUCUCCCGUACCUUGGCUGUUCUAAGGCAGAACACCAAUCACGUGUAUGAUCUAUAGGAUGGUGCUAGCAAAUGUGGAGAAAAGCAAGGUCAGGAAAGCUACUGUGAAAUGGUGAAAAACCCUUCAAGUUACAUCUGUAUUAUGUCUUCUGUGGCCCCAAAAUGUUAUGCUGCAAUCCAACUUGGAGAUGAUGGUUAGUGUUAAGUACUCAUGGCUUGCCAUCUGCACUCCUCCCAAAAGAGUUACACAUUCCCUUUUAAUCUAUAUCCUUUGCAUCUCCUUUUAAUUCUCUACCUGCCUAUUGUCUCCCUCUGGCAUGCCACAAGAAAGGAUAUUGGUCUUUGUUGGGUAAAUGGUUUUUCUUGUGGAGACGAAGAUCUGCUGUGGAAAAUAUUAUGGGAUUUUAUUCAGCUUUAUUUGUAUUAGCCUGUUCAAGAGUGAACAGCCUAUAAUUAUUGAGCAGGUAUGAAUUACUUGGAUGUAGUUAGAGCUCAAAAGGUGGAUAAUGAUCUUGGCUUCUUAAAGCACCUAAUUGCUGAGGCUGUACGGAAAAGAGUAUAUAUCAGAGCAGAGAAUUUGAUGCAUAACUAUGCACAGAGUUCCUCAUGACACAGAAUGAAAACAUCCAAAAUUGUUAAGUGAUGUUUGUGUACAAGUGCCUUUCUUUGGAUAAAGUAUACAGCAUGUAGGUGCUAAAUAAGCUUUUAAAUUUUUUCAGCAAAAUGUUUAAAUUACCAGAGUGUUGAAUAGCCUCAAAAAGACAUCAGUUUUUUUGGCUACAGUGAGGUUUUACGAGAACUGAAAUGGAGUAUGAACAUAGAAGCCCACUGAUCCCACUUUUGAUGGAUCCUGUAGUAUGCAAUUGAAUGUGGAAAUCCAUCCUGAAUGUUCUUAUAUGGGAUUGUGGCCCAACUGUGUUAUCAUGAAGAAAAAUGCCUGUGUAACAGAAACGCAAAGCGCUUUGGUGAAUAUACAUCUCAAAAUAAGAGAAAAGUAAAAGUAAGUCUAAUUUUAAACUACUUCUGGCCAGUUUUAACAGCUUUCAGAGGGCAAUUUGACAAAUGACAAUGACUUAAUUUUUUUGUUAUAUAGGUUACUUUUAAUGUACCUUGAAACUACAGUUGAAACUUUUUUUAAAGCUUAUUUGUAAAUAAAGAUCUCUGAGAAAGAGAUACUGUUAAA